AUGGCGGCGCUGCUGCGGCCGCGGCUGCUCGUGUCGCGGCUCUUCCAGCCGCUGUGCUGGGCGGAGGGCGGCGAGGCGGCGGCGGCGGGCGGCGAGGCGCCGUGCAGGAGCCAGCGGCUGCUGGUGCAGGGCGGCCUCAUCAGCCCCGCGGCGCCGGGCUGCUACCACUACCUGCCCGCGGCCGUGCGCGCCCUCGAGAAGCUCGUGGCGCUGGUGGACGGCGCCAUGCGCGCGGCGGGCGGGCAGAAGCUGAGCAUGCCGUGCCUGAGCGCGGCCGAGGCGUGGCGGGCCAGCGGGCGCUGGGAGCGCAUGGGCGCCGAGCUCUUCCGCCUGGCCGACCGGCACGGCAAGGGCUACUGCCUGGCGCCCACGCACGAGGAGGCCGUCACCGAGCUGCUGGCCGCGCAGAGCAACCUCUCCUACCGGCAGCUGCCGCUGCGCCUCUACCAGGUCACCAGGAAGUUCCGGGACGAGCCCAAGCCGCGGCUGGGCCUGCUGCGCGGCCGCGAGUUCCACAUGAAGGACAUGUACACGUUCGACGCGUCUGCGGAGGCGGCGCGCCGCUCCUACGAGCUCGUGUGCGACGCCUACGGGCGCCUGUUCCGGGCGCUGGGGCUGCGCGUCGUGCGGGUGCAGGCCGACGCGGGCGCCAUCGGCGGCACCGUCUCGCACGAGUUCCAGCUGCCGGCCGAGGUGGGCGAGGACAGGCUGGCCCUCUGCCCCGCCGGGCACUUCGCGGCCAACGCGGAAACCAUCAGCGCGGAGCAAGCGGCGUGUCCCACGUGCGGGGAGCCGCUCACCCGCACGCGAGGCAUCGAAGUGGGCCACACGUUUUACCUGGGCACCAAGUACUCCUCAGUGUUCAACGCCACCUUCUGCACCGCCGAGAACAAGCUGCAGCUCGCAGAGAUGGGCUGCUACGGCCUGGGUGUCACCCGCAUCCUGGCGGCCGCCGUGGAGGUGCUUUCCACCGAGGACAGCAUCCGCUGGCCCAGCCUCAUUGCCCCCUACCAGGUCUGCUUCAUCCCGCCCAAGAAGGGCAGCAGGGAGGAGAAGGGAGCCGCGCUCCUGGAGCGCCUCUACGACGACGUCGCCGAAGCUGCGCCACAGCUCGCGGGCGACCUGGUGCUGGAUGACCGGACUCAGCUGACUAUUGGCAAGAGACUGAAAGACGCUGACAGGCUGGGCUACCCGUACGUGAUCAUAGCCGGGAAGAAGGCUUGUGGUGACCCCGCCGUGUUCGAGGUUUGGAGCCAAAACGCUGGUGAGGUCACGUUCCUCACCAGGGAGGGUGUCAUUGACUUGCUGAGUAAGGUGCGGGUUUCUUAAAGUCCGAAUCUGCACUGCUGUGCACGUAGCUGAAGAGCCCCAGGUCCCCUCAGGGACUCGCAGGAGCUGCCUGUGCCCUCCACGCACUCGUGCCCUUGGCCACCGCUGCACAGGGCAGGCUGCUGGUGCCUCCCCUGCCAAAUGCACCACGUGGCAAAGGCAGCUGCAGCGGAGACAGGCGGGUUUUCCUGCAGACUGAAUGCUGGAUUUGAAGAGGGAGGGAAAAGCAGGCUCUUCUCUGGUGAAUGCAAAGCCCUUUUCCCU